AUGUCGCCUCCGAAUGAUGAUUCACAACCAAACGAGGACAAUCAGGAGACGACUGGUCCGCAGGAACCAUACUACCCGGAAGUCUACGAUGUUCUCAAGGUCCGCUUCAUGCUGCGAUGGAAGCUUGUUCCGGAAGGACUUCCCGUGGAGAUCGUGGACAUGAUCAUGGACGCGGCCGAGUACUGGGCCUCCGCCGAGGUACGAAUGGACAGCCGACGGGUGAUUCACCAAGAUGGCGAUGAAGUGCUCGUGCGAACAUGGCCCUUAUGCUAUGACCCGGAGACGAUAGGGACGCCUUCGCCCAAACUACUACCCCACCGCACCAUCCAUCCAUGCCGCAAGAUCGUCUUCUCGAUCUCCUCCCACGACCAAGGCGGCGGGCGGCGCCCCCGUCCGUAUGACGGGUCGAACACCUGGUUCGAUACAGAAGUGGUCCAUUCGGCCCAUCUGCCCGACCACCCAGUCGAGACGCAGGGUGUCCCUCCCCGAGGGCCCGACGGCCUGCGUCUACGGUCUGGACAUCCGCUGUUGAACCCGGGGCCGAACAAGUUACAAUCCAACGGUGCCGACCCGACGGCGUCGCAGCAGCCGGACCGACAUGUCGUCGUCUGGCAUUACCUCGACAAUAUCCCGGCCGACUCGCCCGAGGCGGAGGAUAUCCAGCAGAGGCAGGGCCGAGGCCGAGCGACGUUGGACGGGAGUCAAGUCCGGUCGCUGGAACUUGGAGAUUCGAUCUCCGUCUGGGGGCGUGCGCGGUACAUGGGAUGGCUAAAUAUUGUGAAAGAGCUCACGGUGCGAGUGUUCUGGGCGAUCUAG